AUCUCACGAGUCCCACAUUUAAUUGUAAUCACAAAGGUCAAUAAGCGAAGGAGGGAAGAGGAGGGUGGUCUUGGCAUUGCACGCUUGAGAAAAUGUCCACUGCAGGGAAGCCUAUUCGAUGCAGAGCUGCGGUUGGUCGGGCACCAGGGGAGCCUCUGGUGAUGGAGGAGAUUAUGGUGGCGCCGCCAAUGCCUCGGGAGGUUCGGAUUCGAGUCAUAUGCACCUCCCUAUGUCAUACUGAUCUCUCUAUCUGGAAACUAAAGGAUCCUCCUGGAAUGUUUCCAAGAAUUUUUGGUCACGAAGCCAUCGGGGUGGUGGAAAGUGUGGGGGAGGAUGUAGAUGAAGUAACUGAAGGAGACACUGUCAUCCCCAUAUUUGUCUCAGAAUGUGGAGAAUGUGAAGAUUGCAGGUCAAAGAAGAGCAACCUGUGUUCAAAACUCCCUUUCAGAGUAUCUCCUUGGAUGCCAAGAUAUGACAGCAGCAGAUUCACUGACCUUAAUGGAGAAGUUAUAUACCACUUCAUGAACGUGUCGAGUUUUAGCGAGUACACAGUGGUGGAUGUUGCCAAUGUAGCAAAAAUCGAUCCCUUGGUCCCCCCAAACAGGGCAUGUCUUCUCAGCUGUGCAGUUGGAACAGGGGUUGGCGCUGCUUGGAAAAUAGCAAAUGUGAAGGAAGGAUCAACUGUUGCUAUAUUUGGGCUUGGCUCUGUUGGAUUAGCUGUUGCGGAGGGAGCUAGACUAUGCGGAGCUACUAGAAUUAUUGGUGUAGAUGUUAAUCCAGACAAAAAAGAAAUUGGAAAGAAGUUUGGAGUCACAGACUUUGUCAACCCUGGAAAUUGUGGAGAUAAACCUGCGAGCCAGCUGAUCAAUGAGAUGACUGGUGGGGGAGCAGACUAUUGUUUUGAAUGCAUUGGAGUAGCACCCUUGGUGAAAGAAGCAUAUGCUUGCUGCCGAAAUGGUUGGGGGAAGACUGUUGUGAUAGGAGUGGCCAGGCCGGGGUCAGAAUUGGGCGUUAACUUUCAAGAUGUCCUUGAUGGAGGGGGGAAGAGCAUCAUGGGAUGCGUCUAUGGAGGAAUCAAAGCUAAGUCUGAUAUUCCCAUCCUCCUCAAGCGUUACUUGGACAAGGAACUGCAAUUGGAUGAGUUCGUCACGCACGAGAUACAGUUCGAUGAAAUCAACAAAGCUUUUGAUUUACUUAUUGAAGGACAGUGUCUUCGGUGUGUGAUUUGGAUGAACAAUUGAGAGACCUCCAACUAUAUAUAUAUAGUUUUGGUGCCCAAAUCAGGUUUUGGUGCACCAUAUGUAGAUGAUGUCUGUCCCCUAAGUAAUCUUAAGCAAAUAAUGGACAGUUCUUAUUGUUUUCUGUAAAAUGCAAAAUUACAUAGGGAAUAUAUAUAUAUAAUCUCUAUGAUACUGUAAAUGCAGUAGAUGCCCCAGUGAAGUAUGUGUUGGGAGAGGCCUUUGUUUUCUUUGCCGAACCAAAAUGCCUUAGCCUGUACACCCCAGAACUUACCACCUCUGGUAUUUCCCACUCAAUGGUCGCCAAGCCAUAAAAGCUGCUAUUAUCUACGCUCCAUUUAAAGUACAAACAAAAAUCAUCAUCAUCAAAAACUGGGAUCCAACGCUCCACCUGAAGCAUCUCCACCACUGCAAAUGUACCUUCUGUCAAUAGGUCAUAUCUUGGGUUUGCACUCCAAAAUGUGGCACUUGGUUUGUCUCCCUUUCUGAAUGUGCCACUUUUUGGUAUAAUGAUGUCUUGUUUCAUGUCGCCGAAGUUUUUUCCGGGAGGAGGUGAGUCACCCACAGGUUCGAGUAAGAAUUUGAGUUGAACAGAGGAAAGGUCCGGCGGCGUGGGGCCGUUGGAAAUUAACUUCUCUCCUUUUGCCAUGGCUUUAGCUAAUUUAUUGAACUCUUGGAUGUAGGCUGAUAGCGUGUGUGGACCGUAGAGCGUUGAGGCAGCCUGAACAUACCAAAAUAUCAUUAUCCUUUGUAUCAUCCCAAGCACAAUUAAAUCAUACGAAAAUCUUGUUGCUCGUAUUCUUCCGAGGUUGCAAGACCAAUCAUUAUACGUA